CUGGCCCGGCCGGAGCCCCCGGGGAGCGGGGCUGGGAGCCGGGAACCCGGGAGCGGCGUGGGCUUGUUUUUGGACUGUUAAAAAAGUUCCUGAAGCAAGUGCUCAUUUCCUCUGCAGAAGCUUGAAAGCCUGGGGGGUGUCUGAUUAUAACUUCUGUGCUGUUCCAGCUCUGCUUCCUGUGCCCACAGCCCCUGUGAGGUGCAGGGAGCCAUGGCAGGGGCUAUGAUGUGCAUUGGUGACCAGCUCAUCCUGCACGAAGAGUACGAUGAGACCUACAUUCCCAGCGAGCAAGAAAUCCACGAUUUUGCACGGGAGAUUGGGAUUGACCCUGAGAAGGAGCCGGAGCUGCUCUGGCUGGCCAGGGAAGGCAUCGUGGCCCCAUUACCUCCCGAGUGGAAAGCCUGCCAAGAUGUCACUGGUGAUAUCUAUUACUUCAACUUUUCUAACGGCCAGUCUGUGUGGAACGACCCCUCUGAUGACUACUACAGAGAGCGUGUCAUCCAGGAGCGAGAGAAACUGCUGGCACGUGGCGGCCUGAAGAAGAAAGAGAAGAAGAAUAAGAAAGAAAAGAAAGAGAAGAAAGACAAGAAGGAGAAGCAGGCGCUGAAGCGACUCACCAACAUGCAGCCAGGCAAUCUCCCUUCAAUGUCCUUCUGUCACAUGCCCUCUGCUGUUCUGGCGCCCGGGCGGGAGAGUCCUGAGCCAGAUCCCAGUAGCCAGAUCAGAGAGGAAGGCAAAGGGAGACCAUCAGGCAUAAGGGACUCGAGAAUAUCUGCAGGCACGUGGCAAAGCAAACUGCCUCCCCUGCUUGUUUCUAAGGUCAUCAGGCUGUGCCAAAUCUUCCCUGAUGAGGAGAACACUUUAGAAGAAAGCCUCUCUUCCGGCAGCUCUGAUGCAGACAUCGACCAGGACCUGUACCUACCCUUAGAAAUGCAGGAAGAGCUCUGGUUUGGCUCCUCUGACUUGCAGUCUGAUGGUUUAGAGUUUAGGCCGCCAGUGCAACCUUUGUGUGUGUCAAAGCAAUCCUGUACACCAGACUUUGAGAAACUGGAAGCUGUGCUGGCUGCCUCUGAAGACAAAAUCCUGCUCUUUGAAGAGCUGAAAGAGAAGUGGCAGAUGGAAGAUGUGACGGGUGAGUGUGUCCAUAAGCCUGAUCAUCGCUUCUCAGGCAGAGAGAAAUCUACAGGACCAGAUGGGGAUGUAGAAAGAAGUCCAGGCAUAUUGCAAGCCAGAGAAAAAGAAAACUUGUACCACAGGAACAAUAAAAGGACCCUUUGUGAUGCCAGUCCUGCAGAUGACUGCAGUUUGCAGGAGACAGCUGAUGUUCCAUAUGCUCCAGAGGAGCUGAGAUCCCCCAGCGAAGUAUCUGAGAGUAGAAGUAAGAGGGAAGUCCGAGAGAAGGCCUUGGGUCAGGCCAUCAGCCUGCCCCAGAGCUGUGAGGCCACCAGUAGAGUGGAGAGAGAGGGUUUAAAGCAGAGGGAGCUGCUGGCUGUAGGAGCAGAUCCAGGAGUAGGUGGUGGCAAUGGUGAGCUGGAGAGCUGCUCCAUGGUUCCUCACGGGAUCACAGAUGUACUACCCCAAUCCCAAGGGGCAGGUGCAAAGAGACGAAUCCAUGUGGGACCUACAUCAAAACAUGUGUUUUCAUCUGCUAAAGGUGGCUGGAGAGGCGGCAGAGGCAGUGGUGUGAUAUCAGAGGGUGAUGGCAGCGAUUCAGCCAGUUCUCGUGGCAGUAACGUGGCCCAGGGAGCCGGGGGGAGCCUUCGCCCCCCUCCACACCACGGCUCUGGGAAACAGAAGGAUGGGUGCUGCAUCGCAGGAGAGCAUCUGCCUCACUCCUUCCUGGGAUCAGCCUUUCCUCAGGCUCUGUGUCCUGCCCUCAAGUCAGAGAGGGAGCAUAGCUCUGAGGAUACGAAGUUGUGCUGUGAGCCAGAACCUGAACCUGUCCAUUUCGGUGGGAAAUGCACUGCCCAGGAGCCUCGUGGUGCUGGAGCACAGAGAGAAGUGAAGAGAGGAGAUGGAAGGACAGAUCAAGCUCCCGGGGUGUGGGGAGAGACAGCCACAGCAGACUUGCAGGUUGAGUGCCAGGGGAGCAAGAGCUUCUGUCAGCAUGUGGAAGUGGAGAUGCCCCAAACCAGAGGCCAGAGGUGCAGCAAAAUAGAUGUUGGUGAAGGAGCAGGUGGGAACGAGGCCUCAGGCAGCCAGCUCGGCCCCGUCCAGCCGCCCCUGGGGACCCUGGCUCCGCUGCGUGGCCGUGCGGUGUCUCCGGCCGGCGUCCUCCGCGGGUCACUCAACUCCGAGCUGAACAGCUCCCUGGAGUCCAGCCUGGCAGCCAGAGGAGGGGUGCAGCCUGCAGAUAUCUGUAAACCCACCAGCCCCACCAAGACCUUGCUGGGCUUGGUCUGUGAAGAGAAGAGUUCCUUGAACACAGCGGCUCCAGAUAAAGGGAGAAAAGAAGAGCCAGAGAGUGAGAAUGAGAGUCUCCGUGGGACAGCAAGACUGUUCAAAAACCUGCACAUGGACGUCAGUGCCCUGGGAGGCAGCUUUGACUCCGAGGUGAGCAGCAGAGCAGAGGAGGAGGACGGUGGCAAUCGAUUAGCUGAUGUCACUGAAGCUGAUCUCCAGCACCGGAGGAGUCCCGUGGAGGAAGCUGGCAGCCUGAGAGAGAAGGAGUCUUUAAAAUCAAGACACGCUGAAGAAAAGCCAGAUUCUUCCCUGGAUUCUGCCGCCGGGUGCCCUCCGACUCCAGUUGAGGUCCUUCCUGGAGAUGCUGACAGUAGCCUGUCUGGCCACAACAAGGAGGAGUCCGGUGGGGAGCUUGCUGGGGACGAGCCACUGGGCAAGCAAGAUGCUGAGGUGGAAGGUGACAUCUCUGCAGCUGAGGAGCUGCCCCAGUCUCUGGGGGAAAGGAGCGCAGCAGGGACGGAUGUGCCCAGUGGUCCUGGGCAACCUAGAGCUGCGUCUCCUGCUGCUGAAGCUGCUGAGGCAGAUGAGCUGGCCAGCCUGGCUGCCACCAUCGACACCCUGUCUGGUGGUGAAAAGAUAGUGACUGAAAGGAGGGAAGAAGCAGCAGCUGAGCUGCAGCCAGACAGCAGGCGGGAUGCUGGCGAACUUUCGAAGGCAUCUGAGAUCAGCGACUGUGGGGAGGACCUGCAAGUCUUGAACGGCUCAGCCCGUGAGCUGAUUCGGCCUCUGGGCUUUGGUUUCCAGAGUCGGCUUUCUGAGCAGGUACUGGACGUGGGGGCUCUGUCUCCUGUUUUGGACAGCCCCACGUGCAAGGCCCAGGAGCUGGGAGAAGAGGAAAGAGACCAAAGCAAAGCCAGUGUAGAGGAAGAGCAAAGCAAAAGAACAAAAGCUGCUGAGAGCGAGGGGGAUCAAAGUGCUUGUGAAACACCAGAAGAGAAGUGUUUUGCUUUAGGAAAUUCCAGCCGGGAGGAGGCCGUGGCCCGGGAGCCGGAGGAGGGGUCGCUGGAUAGCCCAACCCAUCCGGAGGAGCUUGCUGCCCCCCAGAAAGAGCGACCAGAGAAGGAUGUCAAACACAAGCAGUCCUUGAACCAGCCUAGCAAAGAAUCCCUGGAGGAAAUAGCCAAGGAGCUGGAGACGGAGCUUGAGCAAGAGAAAAUGCAUUUAUUGCAAACAAAGCAGGAGAAAAUUCAGCAAUUCCAGGAGGAGAUGAGGCAGCAGGAGGAGGAGGAAGCUGAGAAGCUUCAUCAGCAAAAAGAAAAAUCCCUCAGGACUCUAAAAGAAGAUCUGGCAAAGGCUUCUGAGGAGGAAGAGCUGUGUGUCAGAAAGGCAGAAGCUGAAAGACUCUCAAAGCUGCGAGCAAGAAUCGCCUCGGAGACCGAGGCGGAGGCGCAGAGGAUAAGGGCAGAGCAAGAGGCCGCGCUGCAGAAGCUAAGGGAAGAGUGGGAAUCCCAGCAGGUGAUGGAGAAGGAGAGCCUGGAGAGGCAACAGCAGCUUGUCUUGGAGACAAUGAAGCUGGAAAUGGAGGAGGCUCAGCAGAAAGAGAAGAUGGGGCUGGAGGAAGAGAAGGAACAGUUCCUGAGUGAGCUCAAGGAGAGAUUAGAGAGGGAAAAGAAGAAGGCAGCAGAAGAGCUUGAGAAACAGUUUGCAACUGAACUCCAGCAGUUGAAAUCUGCAGCAGAAGAGAAGCAUCGUAAGGUCACUUCCAGCCUGCAGUCCCAGCUGGCAGAGGCGCGGAGCGGCGAGGAGGCUCAGCUUCAUGAAGACUUGCAGAGAGCAGAGCAGAAAGUGCAGCAGAAAGCCUACCGAGUGACAGAGUACGAGCGCGAGCUCAGUGAGCUUCUGAGAGAGAAACGCCAGGAGGUGGAAAAAGACCAUGAGAGGAAAAUGGCAAGGAUGAAAGAGGAGCACCAGGAGGCCCUCGCGGGGAUUCGGGAUCAGUAUGAGGAGGAGGAGAGAAAGCAGAGAGCAGAGCUGCUGGAAGGCCUGCGAAGCGAGAUGGGGCGACUCCGACAGCUUCAUGAAGUGGAGCUGAAAGCUCUGCAGGCGGAGCUGGAGGAGCGUCUGACCGCCCUGCAGCACAGGCACAGGGAAAAGGAAAGAAAACUCCAGGAUUCAGAAAACGAGCUUGAAAUGCGUAUGAAGAACAUCCAAGCCAGAUCAGUGCAACUUCUGAGCCAGGAGGAGUCUCUGAGGAAGAGAAGGCAGCAGCUGCUGGAUGAAGACAGACAGACUGAGUUGGAAAGAGAUGAAGCUGCUUUCACUUCUCAGCUCCGGCUGGAGGAGAGCAGGAAGGAGCACGCCAGCCUCCUGGAGUCCAUCCGGCAGCUGCGCAGGUCUCUGGAAGAGCUCCAGGACCAGAAGGCUGAGCUGGAGGCCCAGGUGGACCUGCUGCAGACCCGAAGCCAGCGGUUGCAGAAACGGAUCAGUGAGCUGGAGACAGUGGUCAGGAGCAAACAGGAGACUUUGAAAGAACUGGAGGCAGAAGAAAGCGUGGAAUCUCCAAGAAGGAAUGCUGAGCUCCACGUUGAAGACCUGAGAGAAACCACUCAAGCUCCUUCAUCUGGAGACCCAGCUUCCCCCGGCUCUCAAAGCCCCGAGGAUGGCAACUUCCAGUUUGACCACGUCAGGAGCUACAUCUCUGCCGAAGGGAUCUCCCUGAGGAACGCCAAGGAGUUCCUGCUGCGCCAGACCCGCUCCAUGAGGAAGAGGCACACGGCCCUGAAAGCUGCCAAGCAGCAGUGGCGCCAGGAGAUGCAGAAAGCACAGGAGGUGGUGCAGGACCCCGACAGCUCCCAGCUCCUGGAGGGGGUGCGCAAGAACCUGGAGGAGGAAGCGAAGCAGCUGGACAAGAUGAAGUCAGCCAUGCGGAAAGGGCAGGUGCUGCUGAAGAAGAAAGAGGAGAAGCUGAGCCAGCUGGAGUCCUCGCUGCUGGAGGAGCUUUCAGACGAAGACACGCUGAAGAGCGCUGCGUGCAAGAAGGUGGUGACUUUUGAUCUCAGCAACUCUGAGGACACAAACAGCACGUCCAGUGUAAAUCUGUGUCAGCCUAAACUUGAUUUGGGAACCGAUUUGCGGCCUGCCCCGCAGUCGGACAAGAUCCAGUACCUGUCGGAGUCCCUGCGGCGUAUCACCAGCGAGCUGAACGGGGUCCUUGGUGUCCUGGACUCCCUGAGCAGUUGCCAGUCUCCACUCUUCACCUCCACGCCCUGUGACGGUGUCCCUCUGUCUUCAUACACCUCCGUGGCAGGGCUUCAGGCCAGUGGCUCUGGGGUGUCCCUGGUGAGCCCCUGGGCCUGGAGCACCAGGCUGAGCACCGGGCGCUCCUUCACGGCGGGGCAGGCGGUGGACACCAUCCUGGCAGAGAAAUGGCACAAGUAUUUCCCAGGUGGGUUCCCAUCGCUCAGUGAAAGUUCCAAGCCUCUGGACAACAAGCUGGGAUACGUACCUGCAGAUGAGCAAAUACGGCUGUUCCAGCAUUCCCAGUUCCAGAGCCGCGGGUCGGACGCGAUGAGUAUUCAAGGAAUGAUAGAGACCAACAAGAAGUGGCUGGAGGACUUCAAGAGGGAUUCACAAAUACCUCUCUUCCCAGGCACACAGAAGCCCCCCGCCAGCAGCCCCAGCCUGCUGCAGCUGGGACUGGAUGAAAACAGACAAAUUAAAGUCUACCAUUACUAAAAGGUGGGACUUGGCUCUGGAGAGAUGGUGGCUGAGGCCCCUGUGGUCUCCCUGGUGAUACUUGGGGUUCCAGCAAUGCCCGGCCAUCUCCAGCCUCUCCUUGUGCUGUGCCCUUGAAAUAAAGUCUCUUUACAAGAGAGCGGAGGAAGGAGGAAGCGAACUUCCCAGGUGGAUUCUUCUAAUCCUGUAAUGUGUCCAAAUAUACUUUAUAGACUGUUUAAUCCAGUGGUGAAAUAUCAGGGCUUCAAUAAAUCAACAGUUCCCUCAUUAGUAUUCCGGCAGUCGUGAGCCAGAGCCAUGAAUCACGGAGGACUUGGAGGAACUGGUCAAGGGGGAGGACGUGGAUCCAGCGGAGACUUCACUGGAGGAGACGUGGCAGGAAAUGAGCCCGCACCGAUGCCCAGCAAAUGCUUAAUUGCAGGUGGGGCAGGACAUCUGGCCUCCACCGUGUGUGAGCAAGGGGAACAGGCAGCCAAAGGGCUGUGGACUCCGGGGACAGAACGGCAGAUCCUGACUCUCAGGGAAUGUUCCUCUCUUUUUGGGGUGGCAGCAAUAGGAACUAAACCAAGUGUGGCUUAUCCUGGUGGAUCUGGGAAAGCACUCCCUGCUUCCCCCUCCUGCUGCGCUGCGGGAGCUCCUCUGCCACGUUACGGAUGCUCCGAUGGUGACGUGGAGCGGGAUGGUGCCCGCUGGUGCAGGAGCUGUUGAGGAACUCAGCCUAGUGUGAAGGUGGAGAUGCAGCCCCAGCUGCGUCCCUCCGUGCCCUGGGGAGAGGGAGCAGAGCUGGGCUCAGCAGCUGGGCUCUCCUUCCAGCCAGCAGUGCUGGGGGGGCCGGGGGGAGCCUGGUGCCCUGGGGACAGCGGCUCUCACCGUGGUCUCUGGGGGGCUGGGGACACGGCGGAGGGGCUGGGAUGCAUCGUUGGAGCUCAGCUCUGAGCUGGCAGGGUGCUUUGCUCUGCGGGUGGCUGCGGUGCUGCUCCCCUGGAGAUGCUCCCCUGGAGAUGGUGUCUCCAGAACGUGUCACCAUCCCACCAGGACGUGCGGAGCUGGGAGGGGGCAGAUGGUGCCGCUGGAGCCACCGGGGAGCCACCGGGCUGAGGCUCUCCCACUGCUGAGUGGGAAAUGUGGUGUUUUGGUUGCCUCUGUCGGUGUUUCCUCCGAGCUGACUUUAAAUAUUGCAUGCUCUAAAAGAAGGCUGAACCGCUUGUCUGAGGGAGGCGGCUGCGUUUCGAGGGAUCCCAUCUGUGAGGAACCAUCUCCAAAGCUGCUCCCUCCGGAGACAGCGGGUUUGGGAGGGUGGGGAAGCUGCUGCUCCUCACCUCUCCGUGCCGGUGGUGUUCCUCGUGGGGGCUGAGGAUGAGCAGGGCAGGGAAGCACAGCCCCCUCCUGCUCUGCUUCCCGGGCGCUGGGUUCUGGCAGCGCACCAGCUCACGCUGAGCGUGGCGGGGGGAUGUUUACAUGCAAAUAGAAAUAUAUUUUUGAUGAGCAUCAUUAUAAAACCCUAAAGAAUGUCUGUAUAGAUAUAUAUAUAUUUUUGUUUGGUCUGUUAGAAAUUUUUUAAUUCCUGGGCCGGCCUUUGUCCUUGGGGAGCUGGAUCCCCGUUGAGCGUGGGGGGGCUGCCAGCUGCUGUGCCCAAAGCCUCCUCGCUGUGUGCGCAGAGGGCUGUGUUAGUGUGGAGAAACGCCUGCUUUCUUAGCAAUAACCUGGUCUGAAACGUGUUCCUCUCUCUGUUUAAAACCUGUAUCUGGUUUUGUACGCAAAUUAAAUCUCC